UUAGUCUAAAGUAGGAGGGGAAAUCGCACUAUUCAUAUGAACAGUGUUUUGUAAGACAUUUCAGUUUAUUUACAAGAUUGCCACUCGAGUGCUUUUAGCCAACUUUCUGGCUUCGUUUCCACUUUCUCAAACCCUCGCAGCCACAACACCAUCUCUAGAAUAGCAUCGGCACCUGCUUCCUAAAACUAAAACCACAGAAACUCGGCUUCAUUUUUGUAACUCGAGAGCUUCGGUGGGAUGAAGGAGAAGUGCAGGGAGAUGGACUCGAGUCGGCGGGCGGAAGAGAUCUUCAGGUAUUACAGUGGUCGGAGAACCGAAGCCGUCCACGCUUUAACUAACGAGAGAGAGAGAGAGAGGUCGAGCAAGGUUUCGUCGAUUUCAGUCAACUUGGGCUACCCCCAACGUCCGGUAAGAUCCCUCGCUGAUCCCUUCUCUCGCCUAUGUCAUCUUACUCCACCGUUCGCAUCAGGAAGGCCCAUGCGUGGUUUUUUGGGUGGGGAUUUCAGAUUUCAAGGGGUAGAGAGGCUGUGCUUCGUUACGAUCGGGCCGAGCUUCUAUCUGCAAAUCGAGGCCCCGGUGAAGCAUAAGCAUUACAGGCCUGCGGGAAAGAAGAAGGAAGGAAAUGCCGCUAGGUACGUCACCAGGUCACAAGUUGUCAAGCAGCUUCAAGUCAGUCUUCCCCUCUUCAGGGUUUAGGGUUUGUGCAUUAUUCGGAUUUGGCAUUAGUUGAUGUUAUCCAGAUUUUCUAUUUUUAUGUGGAAAUGAGUCGUAGCUGGUAAAUGAGAAGCAGAGUAAGCAAAUUACGGAGAUACCUCCAGAAGAGUACAAAAUGCCCCUGGUAUGGAUUGACUUGGAUCUGACUGGUGAGGGUAAAAUAAUUCCUUGGAGUGAAGCUCCUUAUAAGGAUGCUGCAGAGAGAACGGCAUCUGGGAAUUUACCUCUUAAUGCAUUUUUGUCUGAGUGGGCCCUCAUGACACUGUUAAAUCCAAACCGAAGUUUGACGAAUUUGAUAUAUGUUGGAUACAAUGGCAGUCCUGCUUCAGCUAUCCAUGUUACUAGAAGAAGAUCAGUAGAUCGUAAAAGGAAAAAAACGGAAAGAAAUGUUAGCUGCUUUGUUUUUGGUCCUAAAAAUGCAGGAAAAUCCCCUCUUUUAAAUUCAUUCAUAGGAAGGCCUUUCUCAAAGAGUGAGACUAUACCUACUGGUGAGCGUUAUGCAGUUAAUGUCAUUAACCAGAUUGGGGUGGAGGCAUCGACUAAUCAGCUGGCUGAUCAGCAGAUGCCAGUGUAUAAUCUUGCAUCGAAGAUUCUUUGUCGGGUUGUCAAUGUAUCAUUGAAGGCUGAACCAGACACUGAUGAAGUAUAUGCACAAGUCACUUUACUUCCUGAAUCAAAUUUUUCAGAAUGGUUAUGUCACACUCUGCUAUUCUUCCUGUCAAAAUGGGGAAUGUUUGCAUGGUUGUCACUCUUCGAACAGGUUAGUGGGUUUCUCUGGAUUUUCGUUUUUCUCUAUUGGGUUUCGAUUAGUUCUCAAGUUUUUGCGUUUCUUGAUUUGCUUUUCGUAUUUGAACAUAAAGUUUUUAUUUCCUCAUGAAUCUGAUCUGCCUUUUUCAAAGAUAUCUCUGGUUAUAACCUCAAUCUACAAUCUUUGUGGCUGAUCAGAGGCUACCGUAUUUGGAUUUUGCUGGAAGAAGGUUUCGAAUUGGACGAUUGGAAGACAAAAAGGUUAUAAUUCUUAUGACUGGAUUGAGCAUGCUCAAUGCAGGCAUCUCAACUCAAUUACUACAAACCCUAUUCAAGGUGAAAGCUGUUGUACACUAUGGAAUUGCAGGAAAUGCAGAUCCCCAACUCCAAAUUGGAGAUGUCACCAUCCCUCAAUUUUGGGCUUAUACAGGCCUUUGGAAUUGGCAGAAUUUUGGGUCGUUGGAGGCAGAAGUUGGUUGCUUUGCUUGGCAUGAUGAGGUAUAUAAUUAUACACCCAAUUGACUUUGAUCUUUAUGUUUUUAAUAAUUGAGAAAGAGCAGUGUUAAUAAUUGAGAAAUUUGUGUUAGACAUGUUUACAUGACAACUUUAUCUUUGAGAUUUGUUUGGUUUUGAAAUUCCAUCAAAAGCUAUGGUUUUUGUGCGAUUGAUUUUGUGAGGGAGAUAAGGCACGACCUUCUAAUUUGGUUUUUUCUCCCUCAUUUUUCAAAUUCCUUCAAAAUCUUGCAAUUUGCCUUUCUAAAUUAGCUUAAGAAAUAUUUCGUUAAUUUGAUCAUUGAGAUUGGUUCUGAAAUUCCAAUUUGUUUGAGCAAUGACAAAUUGGGAUUGGUUUUUAAAUUCCCCAUUGAAAAAUACAUAGCAAUUUCAGCUACUGUUUGUUAAGCAAAUACAUAGCUAAUAAUUAACGUCUGUUUACUCUCAAAAAACCUUUCCCAAAUCCUCAAAUACAUAGCUAAUUCAAUUGAACGCACAUUUGAUUGCUGCAAUCAUUGUCAGAUAUUCCUUGGGAAUAAGCAUUGUUCAAUUUUAAUUGCAAAUGACAGCUGAAAUUAUCUUAUUUAUUACC